UCCAAAAUGGCGGAUAGUCCAAAUCCUUUUUUGGAGGGGGAGUUUUCCCAGAAUGAACUUCCUAUAGCUCCCCCAGUGAGACAGUCGACCCCAGAGCUCGCGGAUAUUACAUUUGAUACUGUAGCUGCUAAGUUGAUCAAAGAAAAUUUGAUGCUGACCGCACUGGAAUUACACACAGAGCUUGUAGAAACAGGAAGAGAAAUUCCAAAAUUGAGAGAUUUUUUCUCAAAUCCAGGGAAUUUUGAGAGAACCAAACAACCGCCAGAUUCAUCUCCCAGCGGCCUGACACGUUCAUCAAGCAUCCAGACUUUUGACUCUAUAGACUUUGCUAAGUACUCUGACGAUGGCUUGGAUAAGGCUGAUGACAGGGUGGCUGUGCUGGAAUUUGAGCUGAGAAAAGCUCAGGAUACAAUAAAGUCACUUAGAGCUACAUUGACUAAAGCAACAGAGAACGAUGCUACAACUCCAGAGAGGCUUGAUGAGCAAGAUGAGAACAACAUUGAAGAGACCAUCAAGCCACAUGAGACUCGUGCACUUAACUUCCUGGUGAAUGAAUAUCUACUGAUGCAUGAUUAUAAACUCACUUCUGUCACAUUUGCUGAAGAGAAUGAAGACCAGGACUUUGAUGAUUGGGACGAUGUUGGGUUAAACAUCUCCAAACCUCCAGAUGUCUUGCAUCUCUAUAGGGACUUCUCCAACCACCUCAGCCCCACAGUGGAGCAAGUGGACUUUGAGUGCAAUGUAAACCUAGAGGAUGAGCUACUCAACUCUAAGAAACGAGAGGUAGACUACCUCAAAGAGAGACUGGACAGUCAAAUAUCAUACUUAGAAGACCAGAUAAGCGAACUCAGCAAAGAGAACAAAAGUUUGCAACAGGCUCUAAGUGAAAAAGAACAAGAGCUAGAAGAAGCUGCUGCCUUGAGAAUGAUUACACCCACAGUCAACCCAAUGAAACAGUCCAUCCCACAAGCAGAAGUUAAACCCACUGUGAUUGGCCAAAACUACAAUAACAUUGAACCUGAACUAGAAUCAACCAAUGAAAAACCAGAUAACAAAAUAAGUGAUUUGAUAGAAAAACCCAACAAUAUAGACUCAAAUGAUACAGAACAUGUAAAGAAUGAAUCAGACAAUGCUGAUGUGGACAAUUCAAUGAAUGUGGAAGUUGGAUCAGUGACUAAUCCAACAGAUGCAGACAUUACUACAGAUAACACUACCUUACACGAUGACACUAAACCUCCGGAUGACUUCACGUAUCAACAUGUUGAAAGGAAAAUGUCACAAGCUUUUAGUCGAACUUUACUAAAUAUGGCAUUCCAUGUAUCCCAGGACAACAGAAUUAUACAAGAGGUGUCCAAGAUUACAGAUUCCAGUAGUGAAAAGGUUGUGAUGAUGCUAGGCAGGUGUCUACCACACAUUGUUCCAAAUGUUUUGCUGGCGAAACGAGAGGAACUUAUUCCACUGAUACUCUGUACAGCAACACUUCAUCCUGAUGGGAAAGAAAGGGAUUUGCAGCUGAAUACAUUAUUUAAUCUUAUUAAAAGACCUGAUCAGGAACAGAGGAACAUGAUCUUGACGGGUUGUAUAGCCUUUGCUCAACAUGUGGGUCCAACCAGGGUGGAAGCUGAAUUGUUGCCACAGUGCUGGGAACAGAUCAAUCACAAAUACAGUGAAAGAAGGUUACUAGUCGCUGAGGCAUGUGGCGCAUUAGCCCCAUACCUACCUAAUGAGAUACGCAGUUCUCUGGUGCUAUCCAUGUUACAACAAAUGUUGAUGGACGAUAAAUCGGAGGAAGUCCGGGAAGCUGUAGUUAGAAGUCUUGGUCUCCUAAUGGGUUUCAUAGAUGAUAAAGACAAAUACAACCAGAAGUUCAAAUUUGACUUUACAAGUUCUCAGAAGUUCAAAUCAGAGUUUAGAUUUGACCUUUGA